CGAAAAAUUUCCUGGCAUCCCUGCAACAUGUUGUAUAAUUGAAGUGAAUCGUAACAGACGGAGUUAUUUUUCAAUUUUUGAUAUUUCUGCCAUACCAUGCAAUUUAAUAAUAUUAUUAAUCUUUUUUCCAUUAGUCGUCAACAUAUUUCGCAAUAUGGGUUUCAGCAAGUACGCAAUAAAUGGACCGACUGGCGGAUGUUAAAGGAUGCUAAACGACGAAGGUGUGUUGUUGAACAUGCUAAAGAUCGAUUGCGAAUCAAUUCGUUGCGUAAGAAUACUAUUCUACCAGUAGAACUAAGAGAAGUUGCUAGCUCUGAAAUUCAUGCUUUUCCGCGAGAUACCUCACUAGUACGAGUUAGAGAACGAUGCGCCGUUACGUCCAGAUCUCGAGGCAUUGUGCAUCGAUGGCGAGUUAGUCGAAUUGUUUGGAGACAUUUAGCAGAUUACAACAAACUAUCUGGUGUUCAAAGGGCAAUGUGGUGAAUAAAAUGUAUAAAUGUUAA